CCCACCUGUGCCCAGCAAUGCACCCACCUGUGCCACCCAGCAGUGUCCCCACCUGUGCCCAGCAGUGCACCCACCUGUGCCACCCAGCAGUGUCACCACCUGUGCCCAGUAGUGCCACCCACCUGUGCCCACCAGUGCCACCUACCUGUGCCCACCAGUGCCACCCACCAGUUCCUAUCAGUGCAGCCCAGCAGUGCUGCCAGUCAGUGCCACCAUCAGUGCCACCUAUCAGUGCUGUCUAUCAGUACCCAUUAUCAGUGUCGCCUAUCAGUGCCACCAAUCAGUGCCGCAUAUCAGUGCCACCUAUCCGUGACACCUCAUUAGAGCUGCCUAUCAGU